UUCAUAAAUUAAUGAAAAAGACGAACGAACCAUCUUCCUUCUCUCUCUUUCAUUGGGCUCCCUUUACUUGUCGGGAAUUUUUUCCUGACUUGUUCCUUCUCAAUCAAAUUCAGCCUCGAAUUUUUUCCUCAAAUUAUAGUUCAAAUCUCCUCGAUUUCGGAUUUCGCUAUUUCGAACCGAUUUUUCUGCUACAACUGAUAACAAUUUUUGAGAAUAUUUCUCAAUUUUGUAUUCCUGAUUGAUUGUUUAGGGGUUUAUACAUAUAUUUGUUUAAAUAAGUGUUAAUCGGAUUACAGUUAGCGGAGUAGAGAAAGCUAGCCAUGGCAGUGGUAACGCCACACUUGCAGUUUCCUCACUCUCCAAUAACCGCAAAAAAUCCAGCACUAAACGACGUUGUUUUGUUUUUCCCAUCCACUUUCCUUGGAACGGCGUCGUGUUCAAAGCUUUACAGAACACGCUCGUAUGAUCAGUUUCAUCCUAAACAGAGAAGAAAGAACCAUUCUUCUUUGUUUUCAAUCCGAAGAGUUUGUAGUGCAGGUUUCGAGAAUUCUUCGUCGUUGUCAUCUUCUGAGGACGAAGAAUUUUCGAAAAGAAUUGAAGAUUUAGCCUUCAAAUUUCAAGUUUCCUCUGAAUCCGUAAUGAAUUUCAGUUCAAACGACGAAGAAGAAGAGAAUGAAGAGGUUGAAAUUGAAUCAUCUUUAAUGGAGAUUCAAAGUAAAGAAAUGAAGGCAAAAAGCUUAGAUCCACCUCUUUCACUUAGAAUGAUUAAAAGGAAGCAGGAACAAUGGCAGGAGAACUUUCUAGAACCAGGAGAAUCAGCUUAUUGUUCGAUAAAAAUUGCGUUUUCUUCAAUGGUGUUUAUAAUCAGAGAACUCCAUUGUUACACUCUACAAAUGAGAGAAAUCUUGUUUUACGAAGAUUUACAGGGAAUUUUAGCGAGAGUUCAGAGCGAAAUGCACGCCUCAUUUGUAUGGCUUUUUCAACAAGUAUUUUCUCAUACACCUACUCUCAUGGUUUACAUCAUGAUUCUCCUUGCAAAUUUUACUGUUCAUUCAAUGUCGAUUUUCUCCGCCAUUGCAGCUACUUCACCUCCAAUUGCUACCAUGGAGGUUAGAAAAGUUCAUAAUCAUAAUAGCUUUAAAUCAGAUAUAUCAAAGACGUUUACGGUAACAUCAUCAUCACCGAGCAAAACUACAUCAAUUGGUGGAAACAAUGGCGGAGGAAAUAACGCGAAAACAGUAGGAAGUGGAAUGGGCGGUGAUGGAUGGACGAAUAGAAACUCUGGAUUUCUCCACUGUCCGAUUGUUUCUGACGGUGUGUCGUUUACUCGUGAAGACACACGGCGAAAGGAAGAAGAGGUAGAGAUUUGGAAUUCGAUUGUUGAAGAAGCUUCUAGAAUUCAAGGUGAUCUGAGAAAUGAAACUCUUGAUAGUGAGACUUUACGGAGGUUUGUUUCGCCUGUGACGACCAAAAUCGAAGGACAUAUUGAUUAUGAAGAUUAUUUAAAGACUGAGCUUGUUUAUCAGAAUGGUUUGAAUCAAGAACCAGAUAAUGUUUUGCUUUUGGCCAAUUAUGCUCAGUUUCUCUACCUUGUUGUUCAUGAUUUUGACAGAGCUGAACAGUACUUCAAAAGGGCAGUCAAGGUGGAGCCAAAAGAUGCCGAAGCACAUAAUAAGUAUGCAAAUUUUCUGUGGCAAGUGAAGAAUGACUUAUGGGCAGCAGAAGAGACCUUCUUAGAGGCCAUUUCUGCUGAUCCUAGUAACUCUUACUAUGCUGCAAAUUAUGCUCAUUUUCUCUGGAACACUGGUGGCGAGGACACAUGCUUCCCUCUUGACUCCCCUGAUGACGAAACCCUUGAUGACCUGUAAAUAGGAAAAAUUGUGUUUCUAAGGAACUAUGGGACCAAUAGCUGGAGCAGAAUGUGGACUGUAGUCCACCACAUUAGCACAAUGUGUGGACUCGAGUCGACCUACAUAUUAUGAGGGCACUUUUUGAAAGGCAAUGUCAUACGUACCUAAAAAAAAGAUGACAUACUUCAGGUUUAAGCAUAAAGAUAUUUUGAGGAGAAAAAGAGGUUGACAAGUACUUCCUGGUAAUGAUCUAACUGAAAUUCUUCCUCGUGGUGAUAAAAGUUGGUGUAAGUUAUGCAAGAGGGGAAUGUGGGUUGGGGCUGGUGACUGCCUGACUGGUAGGUGAAUGUACAUGGAGAUAAAUUAAAGUUGAGAUUUGAGCAUUAGACAUGGAAAUGGCAAAUGAUGGAAAAAGAAGGCUAGAUAGCCUAUUUUUGAUGAACUAUGCUUGGCAAUUGUGUCCUCAGUCUUCUUGAGAUCUAUUGAAAACCAAAAUAUUUUGCCUUGAAAGUUUAAAUAGGAUCAACUUUUUCUUGCACAAUAUAUGUUAUUGUAACUAAUGAAUAAUUUAUCCUACAUUUGUUUAUACUCUAAUGUAAUUAAAACUGGAGGAAUAAAUAUUCUACUAAUCAUUCAAUAGUACUGUUAAUUGUAUUAUAAUAAUCGAUAACCAUAGACUCCUAAUUAAAAAAAAGGAGCUUUGGAAAAUGGUGCACUGUGUUUAAUAACAGAAUUGGUUUACCAAA